AACAUGUGCAGUACUAGAUUUGUGCCUGACAUCCAUAUCAAUCCACACAUAAUGCAUUUAUGUUGAUUGAAAUGCUUAAAAGUUACCAGUUGUUGAUAAAUAUUAUUUACAAUUUAGAUUAAAUUAAACGAAAGUUGAUAGUUUUAAAUGAAAUACCAAUUAAGUAAGACAAAUGGGCUACAAUGUAAUUGUAUGAAAAGUGAUGUGACAGUGAGGCUUUAUUGUGUAAUUAUGUAAUUCACCCAGUUCAACAUUAUCGAUGAAUAACACUCGAACACUCGAGAAAGAAGAGAAAGAAAAACACAUUACACCACCUAGUCAUCAAACAGUUUAUAAAUGGAAUAAUACAUUCGCUUGACGUAUGAUUGAAAAAUAGAGAAAAAUCACAGAGAAUAUAUAUAAUUAGGAAAUUCACAGAGCAAUGCUGUUGGAAAAAUGGAUGUUCAACCGCCACCGCCACCUUUUGUUAAAACAAUCGAAUGGGAUAUGAUGAACAAAAGUAAAUUCAUUCCCUUAUCAAUGCUAAGUUCGUUUUGCGUUCGUUGUUGCUUUUAUCCUCUAACGCUGAUCAAAACUCAGCUGCAAGUGCAGUUUAAGAAUGAUGUGUACAAUGGUUUGUUUGAUGCAGCGUGUAAAAUUUACAAAACCGAAGGAGCUCGUGGUUUGUACAAGGGCUUUUGGAUAUCAUCGGUGCAAAUUGCAUCCGGAGUUUUUUAUAUAAGCACCUAUGAAGGUGUGAGGCAUUUAAUGACACAAUAUGGCUCGGGUGAUAGAGCCAAAGCACUGGUGGCCGGUGGCUGUGCCUCGAUGGUCGGACAAACGCUUAUUGUUCCCUUUGAUGUGAUAUCGCAACAUGCAAUGGUCCUUGGUAUGGGCGGUGCAAAAGCGAGCAAAUCCUUACAAAUCAAUCCACUACAAAUUAAAACAAACCAAAGUCGAAUGCGUAUCGCUAUUGAUAUCGCUACUGCAAUACUACAAAAAGAUGGAAUUAAGGGUUAUUAUCGCGGCUAUACGGCUAGUCUGAUAGCCUACGUUCCUAAUUCGGCGCUAUGGUGGACUUUUUACCAUUUGUAUCAAGAUAAUCUGCUGAGCGUUCUACCCUCAAAUGUAUCACAUUUAUUUAUUCAGUGCGUCGCUGGUGGUUUGGGAGGAUUCACAUCUACCAUCAUAACAAACCCGUUGGACAUCGUUCGGGCUCGGCUCCAGGUUCAACGUCUUGACUCAAUUCGAUUAGCGUUCCAUUUGCUGUGGAAAGAAGAACAUAUGCAUAUGUUCUUCAAAGGACUUUCUGCACGCUUAAUACAAUCGGCUGCGUUUUCAUUCAGCAUUAUAUUAGGUUAUGAGACGAUAAAACGAAUUUCCGUUAAUGAACAAUAUAAACAUUUAGUGAAGUGGUAGCCUAAUUCUUUUUUGUUUGUUUGAUUGUUUGUAGAUAAAAAAAAAAUAUUAUGAUUUCGGAAAAUAAUAAAAUUUCACCAUAUUUAUUUUAAAAAA